AUUGUUUGAUAAAAACCGUUUCCCACAGCUCAGCGGCAAUCAGUAUUAUAGCAAAACAAGCCGAAGUGAGGUGAUCGAAAUGUACCGCUUUUUAGCAUUUAUUUGUACACUGAGUGUCUGUGUGAGCUACGCCCUCGCCACACAAUGUCCACACUGCGUUGGAAUUCAGGAUUGCCAAACCAAUAAAACCAUUCCCACCGUUACUUGCAACGCUGCUGUGGUGAAUCAAACAGUGAUCCAGUUGUCUGCAUAUUUUAAAAAUCUUACCGAAUUUGCGGCCACCUCCUCCAAAUAUAGUUGCGUUAAGGUGAACUUUAGGCCGCAAGGCUAUCCGAACGACACAUUUGCCGUGCAGGGAUGUACGGCCGGUACUAAAAGCGUUUGUAAACAACCAACGAUCGAAUUUAAGGGUAGCCUAAACUGUUCCUACUACAACGAUGGCCAUUCGUUGCAUAACCUCGCUAAAAACCCAUUUACCAGUGCGCUGUUAAGUGUAGCCAUUAUAAUUGGUGCGAUGGUGAUUUCAAGCUGAAUGUUCCGAAAUCAAUACCACUUCAGUGGCUGCAUACUAACGCCAUGGAGUGAGGCGAAAUAAACCGAUAACUAACACACAA